GCUCGUGGUGAACUGAUGCAGAAGAGCUGCAUGUGUCACUUCCUGUAUGGUGCUGAGACCAGCGACCGCCUCACCUUGCAGAUGCAGAAGGCCCUGGACGAACGGCGGGAGUUCAAGACGGAGAUCAUUCUGUACAAGAAGAGUGGCUCCCAGUUCUGGUGUCUGCUGGACAUCGUGCCAAUAAAAAACGAGAAGAGCGAGGUGGUUCUGUUCCUGGUCUCUCAUAAGGACAUCACAGAGAAUAAGAAGGACCAGGACCAUGGCAACGACUCUGAGACUGAUGAGGAAACAGGUCUGCCGGUCCACCGGAUCACCCGUCCAGCAGGCUGUUCGAUGGAGCGUCGCCGCAGCCGGGCUGUCCUGUACCAGCUGUCCGGACACCUCCAGAAACAGGACAAGGCUAAGAGCAAGCUGAAAAUCAACAACAGUGUGCUUGGAGCCAAUGCUAACCCGGUCCCGGAGUACAAGGUGGCAGACAUCCAAAAGUCCCGGUUCAUCCUCCUUCAUUAUGGUGCUUUCAAGGCCGGCUGGGACUGGCUGAUCUUGCUGGCCACAUUCUACGUGGCAAUCACCGUUCCCUAUAACGUGUGCUUCACCGCUGUGGAGAUACGAGAGGAUGGCGGCUCGGCGGCCCGUAACCCUCCAAGCGUCAGCGAUAUCCUGGUGGAGAUACUGUUUAUAAUUGACAUCGCGCUGAACUUCCGGACCACCUAUGUGAGCACGUCCGGCCAGGUUGUGUACGACGCCCGUUCCAUCUGCAUUCACUACGUUACGUCCUGGCUGUUUGUGGACCUGAUCGCCGCCUUGCCCUUUGACCUGCUCUACGCCUUCAAUAUCAGUGUGAACUUUGGGGUUCACCUGUUGAAGACCGUGCGCCUCCUGCGUCUCCUGCGCCUCCUCCAGAAGCUGGACCGCUACUCCCAGUACAGUGCUGUGGUCCUCACCCUGCUCAUGUCCACCUUCGCUCUGCUGGCCCACUGGAUGGCCUGCGUCUGGUACUUCAUUGGCCGCAGUGAAAUCGAAAGCAACAGCCCCAGCUCCUGGGAUAUAGGCUGGCUCCAUGAACUUGCUAAACGCUUAGGAACACCGUACUUCCUCGCGCCACUGACCUCCCUGUUGGGAGUCUCCGAUUCACCGCAGGGCACCAUGGCAGGCCGACCGGCCAAUUACAAUCACUGGAAUGCCUCGGAGUCAGAGCCACUGACGGGCCCUGGUUUGCUGGGUUUGGGCACCUGGAACGCCAGCAGGGUCGGGGCGAGGCACCUAAAUGGCUCGCUGACAAUGCUGGGCGGCGGCCCGUCUGUCAGGAGCUCCUAUGUGACGUCACUGUACUUCGCCCUCAGCAGUCUGACCAGCGUGGGCUUCGGUAACGUUUCAGCCAACACCGACUCUGAGAAGAUCUUCUCCAUCUGCACCAUGCUCAUUGGAGCAUUAAUGCAUGCUGUGGUGUUUGGUAAUGUGACGGCCAUCAUCCAGAGGAUGUACUCGCGCCGGUCCCUCUACCACACCCGCACCAAGGACCUGAAGGACUUCAUUCGGGUGCACCGGCUGCCCAAGGCCCUCGAGCAACGCAUGAUGGAGUGUUUCCAGACAACCUGGUCCGUCAACAACGGCAUCGACGUCAGCGAGCUGCUGAAAGACUUCCCAGACGAGCUGAGGGCUGACAUCGCCAUGCAUCUGAACAAGGAGCUGCUGCAGCUAUCACUCUUUGAGUCAGCCAGCAGGGGGUGCUUGCGCUCCCUGUCCCUUAUCAUCAAAACGUCCUUCUGUGCUCCUGGGGAGUUCCUCAUUCGGCAGGGCGACGCCCUCCAGGCUAUCUACUUCGUAUGCUCUGGCUCCAUGGAGGUACUGAAGGAUAACACUGUGCUGGCCAUCCUGGGUCGGGGCGACCUGAUUGGCUCUGACUGUCUGACCCAGGAGGAAGUGAUUAAGACCAAUGCCUGUGUCAAGGCCCUGACCUACUGCGACCUGCAGUACAUCAGCCUCAAAGGCCUCCGUGAGGUGCUGUGCCUCUACCCCGACUACGCCCAGAAGUUCAUCACUGAGAUCCAGCACGACCUGACGUACAAUCUUCGGGAAGGACACACCACCGAGCUAGACUUGGAGAGCAACGGGGGAAUCAUGAAGAAACUUCCCUCAAUCAAGGAGGACGAAGAGGGGUCAGGAUCCGAGGCCGAACAUUCCUCCCUUCCCAAGAUGCCUCCCUUGGGUAGGCUGGGCCGAGGCCUGACCUCGCCACUACGUUCUCCCCUGCGCUCCCCUCUGCUGCCCCCGAGACCUUUCCGCCCCACCACCGACCACAUACGACCCUCAACCCUACAGCUCCCUGUGGUCGGCUUCAACUACCCACCUCAGGACCUCAGUCCCCGGGUUGUAGAUGGGAUUGAGACAGAAAGCAGAAGUGCUUCUGCUCAGAAAUUUGAUUUUGGUCCCAGCGCAACUCAGAGUUUCACGCCCAGCCCCAGUUCAGGGACCCAUGAAGAGGCUGAGACCAUGCAGACUAUAGCCAAGUUGAAACAUGAGAUGAGCAUCCUUUCCCGUCAGGUAAUCACGGUCAGUCAGGAACUGCAGGAAAUGACACGUCUUCUCAAACCGCUCCUCCAUAACCCCCCCACACUGCUGAUUCCCAAAGGUUUUUGUCCAGCCCCAAGUGUAUCUUCAGAUAGCUGCUCCUCAGCCCCAGCCCCUCCUGUCCAAACUGUCCUUCCAGACCGUUCCAAAGACAAAGAUCUACUCUUCAGCUUGGUGCCUGAAUCAACUUCUUCUCAACCUAGAAUGACCAAGGGUUUACAGUUGAGCACUUGCCCAAACAAAUGUCAUCCACUGCAGAAUUCACCGCCUUUACCCGCCCAAUCCAUCAUGUCACAUCGUCUUCCAGCUCCCCAUCGGAUCAGUGUCCCGCCCCCAGUCUCCCAUUGCUCGGCACCCCCAUCACUCAACAGCUCUCCCCAUGAACACAUCAUGGUGCCACAGCCAUACUCUUUCUCCUCAUCCUCUUCCAUCCCUUCUCUCUCCCUGUCGUCUUCCUCCUACCCGCCGUCAAGUCACACUCCCCUUUUGAUAGACUUGACAGAGCAUACCGUUGAACCUCAGACACAGACCCAUUCCUCAUUUCAGCCGCAGUUCCACCCACAGUCUGAAUCCCCGCUCCAGCCCCAGUCCCAAGCCCAUUCUCUACCCCAUUCCCAGCUUGAUCUCCAGGCUCAGCCUCCCCUCCACCUCCAGUCCCAGCUUCAGCCCCAGGCCCUUCUCCAGGACGUAGGCAUGGCAUCCAGCUCCCAGGACCCCCUCUCAAACAUUCAAGAUGUGGAGUGGGGGGAGCACACCGCCCAACUCAGCUUCAUUGAUGAAGAGGGACCGUCAGCUUAAAAAGAGAAGAAUUCCCUGACACUGACAAAGGACUGGCAGGAUGGACAGGCAUGCUAUACACUGCAUGAUAAAUAUUUGCCCAAAGGAGGGCAUUUGGGUUAUGAUGUAAAUACACUGAAUUUAUUCUCUUAUCAAAUUAUGAUCAUGAGCGCCUGUCAUGAAUGAUGGAUCUAACAAUAAAAAGAGUUU